CCUCAGAUUUCUGUUUUUGAAGGCAAGUUUAGAAGGACAGAGAGUUCAACUUUGUUUGUCGAAUCCCCGUGUUCUCAAAUUAGGCUCACUCUGAAUACCUAGUGGCACUUGACUGUUUCCCGACUGCCAAAUACAAGAAACAGCUCGAGAGAGAGAUUCAAAGUCCUGACAAUGACCGCCGUGGAGAGUCCCAAGCUCUCCGUUGUCGUUGAGUUCUCCGGUGGCCUUGAGAUGCUCUUCUCAGACCAGAGGCGCCAUUCCCUGUCAAUACCGGCCACAGACAAGGAUGGCAGACCUUCCAAUGUCUCCUUUCUCAUUGACUACCUCUGCAAGAACGUUAUGAAAGAUGCCCGAAAGGAGCUUUUCAUAUUGAAUGAUCACAUUCGCCCGGGCAUCCUUGUCCUGAUAAACGACGCCGAUUGGGAGCUUGAAGGUGAGGAGGCCUAUGAGAUCCAGAAUGGGGACAAUAUCCUAUUCGUCUCAACACUCCAUGGCGGCUAGGUUGGGGGUUAUGUCCUAGGGGUAGAUGAAGAUGCCUCCCGUCCCGUCCCGUCCUCCUCGCAUCUCAAAGGUCUUUGGUUGAAUCCGAGGCGCGGGAAGAAUGAGAGGACCUUG